ACAAUUAAGCCUCAUUAACCCGGUUGCGUGGAGGGGUUAGCACCUGUGGUUAAAGGACUUGGCUAUUAAAGCUGACUCCAGAGGCCUGUCUGCUGUGGUGAGCACUUACUUGAAGUAGCUGGGAUGGGCUUUUUUCCAGCAAGGGAGAUGGCAGCCCAGUGGGCCGUGCUGGGACUGUUGGCUGCCUGCCUGGCCAGUGCUGCAAAGGAAUCGGUGCUGAACAUGUGCAUGGACGCCAAGCACCACAAAACCCAGCCGGGCCCGGAGGGGGCGCUGCAUGGCCAGUGUGCCCCAUGGAAAGACAACGCCUGCUGCACGGCUGAGACCAGCACGGGGGCUCACCAGGACCAGUCCUACCUGUACAACUUCAACUGGAACCACUGUGGGGUGAUGCCAGAGAAGUGCAAGCGGCACUUCAUCCAGGACACGUGUCUGUACGAGUGCUCGCCCAACCUGGGCCCCUGGAUCCACCAGGCGGAUACCAGCUGGCGUCGGGAGAGGAUCCUCGACGUCCCGCUGUGCAAGGAGGACUGCGAGCAGUGGUGGGAGGACUGCAAGGAUGCCAUCACCUGCAAAGAGAACUGGCACAAGGGCUGGAACUGGACCUCAGGGACCAACCGGUGCCCCCGCAGCUCCACAUGCCAGUCGUUCAAGUACAUCUUCCCCCAGCCAGCAGACCUGUGUGAGAAGAUCUGGUCCAACUCGUACAAAUACAGCCCAGAGCACAGGGGCAGUGGGCGCUGCAUCCAGAUGUGGUUCAAUCCUGCCCAUGGGAACCCCAAUGUGGCUGUGGCCAAGUACUAUGCCCAAAAUGGGAGAGAUGCCUCUCCUGCGCCAUGGGUUGUCCUGCUGCUCUUGCCUCUGGCUCUUCUGUCCCUGCUCUGAGCAGCUGGGAGCCUCUGGCUUAUAUAGGAAACACUUUUCUGCUCAGGGCACAGGGUGUUUGCCCUGCUUUCUGCUCUAGCCAGCAGAGUCAGGAUUCAGUCGGGUUACUGCUAACCCUGACAAGACAUGAUAGAACCAGAUUAGUCCCCCCCAAACCCUCCCCUGUGAAUGUCUCUGACCUUAUUGUCUUGGUGUUCUCCUGCCACGCUCCUCUCUCCCAGCGGGCUGUGGGGGGAGAUCCCUCCAGGUCCCUGGGGAUCUGAGCUCUGGAACAGGCUGUGACUCACUGGCUGGGUGUAUUUAUUCUGUCAGGUCCCCUCAGUUACUGACUUCCUUGUCUGAUCCCUUCCCUCCUGCGCUCCCUGGGAAUACAGGUUUUCCCUCCCCAGCUCACUUCCUGCCCUCGUCUCUGCUUCAGCAGAUGAGCUCAUUCUUACAGGGUAGGGGGGACUGGAGCCCCAUAUGAGUGUCCCAUGUGCAGCCAAUCCACCCUUCUGCUACUAGCUGGAGCAGAUGCAGGGUGGGGGGAGAGAUCCCACCCCCUCUGUCCUGCCUGGCUCCAGGCAGGGUCUGGCUCCCAGCUUGGCUCUCAGCACAGGGUAAGUUGGAAGCACUGCCUGGCUUGGCAGCAAUGCUCCAGCUCUAGCUCUUGUCUGGAGCCAGACUCCUGCUCUGACUGGUGACUCCUGGCCUCUAACCCACUCCAGGACUAGCUGUGGCUACAGGCCAUGCUUCCAGCACUGGCUGCAGCCUAAACAACCAGGGCCAGUCCCAGAGCAAAGCCUGCGCUCCCUGUCCUUCCCCUCUACCCUAUUGUCCCUGAGCUGCAAGUGGGAAGGUCUCAGUGCCAGACAGACAGUUAUGUAUAAGAAUUGGGCAAAAUAAACUGUCCCAGCCUUA